AUGUUUCCAAGAUCAACGCAUGAAACAUUUGCUGAAAAGCUAUAUCAAACCUUUAAAGACAACAAACGCUUCAGCAAGCCAAAGUUGUCUCGUACUGACUUCACCAUUAACCACUAUGCCGGUGAUGUAAGUGAAGUACAUUUUGGUCUACAUAGUUAUUCACCAUUAACAACAAAGAAAAAAAACAGCUCAACAUAUGAUGAUUUUCAAUUACAGGUCACUUAUCAAACUGAUUUUUUCCUUGAUAAAAACAAAGACUAUGUUGUUCCGGAGCAUGCUGCUCUACUCAGUGCUUCCAAGUGCCCCUUUGUUUCAGGGUUGUUCCCACCUUUACCUGAGGAAACUACAAAAUCAACAAAGUUCUCUUCUAUAGCCACUCAGUUUAAGCUACAACUGCAAUCUUUGCUUGAAACACUAAAUGCUACUGAGCCACACUACAUUCGUUGUGUAAAGCCAAAUAACCUUCUGAAGCCAGGGAUAUUCGAGAACAAUAAUGUGUUGCAGCAGCUUCGAUGUGGUGGAGUGAUGGAGGCAAUUCGGAUAAGUUGUGCUGGAUAUCCCACUAGAAAGACCUUUGAUGAAUUUGUUCAGCGGUUUACCAUCCUGGAACCUCUGGUUCUGAAAGCAUGCCCUGAUGAGAUGACUGCUUGCAAGAGGCUUCUAGAUAGAGCGAACCUUAAAGACUAUCAGAUUGGAAAGACAAAAGUGUUUCUGAGAGCUGGUCAAAUGGCAGAACUAGAUGCAUGUCGUGCUGAGGUCCUGGGACUAUCAGCAAGUGUUAUUCAGAGAAAAGCCCGCAUGUUUCUCUGUCGCAAACAGUACAUUUUAUUGCAGUUUUCUGCCGUAGAACUUCAAAGGGUUGCUAAAGGACAACUUGCACGACAUCAGUAUGAAUGCAUGAGGAGGGAAGCAGCUUCUUUGAAAAUUCAGAAAGAUUUCCGCAUGUAUAUUUCCAGAAAUGCUUACAAAAGUAUUUAUGCCACAGCUAUUUAUAUUCAAACUGGUAUGCGAGGGAUGGCUGCUAGAAAUGAACUUAGAUUCAGGAGAAGGACAAAAGCUUCAAUUAUUAUUCAGGCUGCCAGGGAAGCCAAGGCACUUGAAGAGGCAAAAAAUAAUCUGGAAAAGCAAGUCAAAGAAUUAAUUUCAUGUCUAGAAGAGGAAAAGGCAAUGAGGGGUCAGGUUAAUUCACUGGAAAGAAAAAUUGAUGAAACAGAGAUGAAAUAUGAAGAAUGUAACAGGCUUAGUGAGGAGCGCAUGAAUCAAAUUAUAGAGACAGAAUCAAAGAUGAUUGAGAUAAAGACAAAUAUGCAGAGGCUUGAAGAAAAAGUAUCUGAUAUGGAAACUGAGAAUCAAGUUUUGCGGCAGCAAACCUUGUUGAGUUCAUCAUCCAAAAGAAUGUCAGGAAAGUUUUCACCUGCCACAACUACGGUAAAUACAAGAUCAUUUCUUAUUAAAGUGAGGCAAUUGGCACAGCAGACUUCUAAUCCAGCAAAAACAUUUGGUUCAGAAGAUAGUAAAGUAAGGAGAUCUCUUAUGGAGAGACAUCAAGAGAGUGUAGAAAUUCUUUUCAAAUGUGUGACAAAAGAUCUUGGAUUCUCUGAAGGAAAACCUGUUGCAGCAUUUACCCUUUACAAUUGUCUGCUACAUUGGAAAUCUUUUGAAGCAGAAAAAACAAGCAUAUUUGAUCGUCUUAUUCAGAUUAUUGGUUCUGAAAUAGAGGAUCCAGACAAAAAUGAUUGUAUGGCUUAUUGGUUAUCCAACACAUCUUCUUUGUUUUUCCAUCUUCAUCGAUGCCUAAGAGUACCUGCAGCACGGAAACCACCAACUCCAACAUCAUUUUUUGGGAGGAUGGCUCAGGGUUUCCGCUCAUCUAAUAGUCUUUCGAGCAGUGCUUUUGAUGUAGUGCAUCAGGUUGAUGCCAAGUAUCCAGCUUUGCUUUUCAAGCAACAGCUUGCAGCUUAUGUGGAAAAGAUAUAUGGAAUCGUUAGAGAAAAUUUUAAGACAGACUUGUCACCUCUGCUUUCUUCUUGCAUUCAGGCAGAUAGAGCAUCAAAUGACAACAGCGAACAAGCUGGUUCUUGGCUCAGCAUUAAGGAAUGCCUUGAUAAAUAUCUCAAGAUUAUGAAAGAAAACUAUGUACCUACUGUUCUAGUUCAGAAGCUAUUUAAUCAAAUUUUUCAAUACAUCAAUGUGGAAAUCUUUAAUAGCCUUCUUUUGCAUGGAGAAUGCUGCACAACGAAACAUGGGGAAUAUAUAAAAUCAGGGUUGGCUGAACUAGAAGAAUGGUGUAAUGAAGCAACGGAAGAGUACAUUGGCUCGUCUUUGGAUGAACUCAAACAUGCAAUACAAGCAGUUAGAUUCUUGGUUGCACCACAAAAGGAUGAGCUAUCCUAUGAUGAUCUUACAAAUGACAUAUGCCCUGUCCUGAGUGCUCAACAGCUUUAUAGAAUAUGUACACUUUACUCUGAUGAUGAUGAUGAAAAAAAACAAAGUGUAUCAACAGAUGUCACUACUAGAUUAAAGCUUCUAAUGACUGAUGAUGAUGAUGAAGAUAACAAAUCUUUCUUGAUGGAGGACAACACAAGUCAUCCUAUUAUAGUUGAAGAGAUCCCUACUUCUUCUCAAGAUAAGAACAUUCCAAAAAUUCUCUCUCUUUCUCUCGCCGCCAUUGUCAAUGCCGGCGGCCUCUCCGUGUCCGACGCUGCUUUAGCCGGAGAUUCCGAGCCGGAGAUACCCGCGGCAGUUCUGUUGGAUUUUUCUAGGGUUUUCUGA